AUGGCAGAAGCAUCAGAUUUACCUGAUGAAUGCUGGGAAUCCAUUUUCAAAAUCCUCAACGAAGAUGAAAACGACAAACACCAUCUCCACUUCAAGUCUCUCUCCCUCGUUUCAAACAAGUUUCUCUCCAUCACCAGUCGUCUUCAAUCCUCCCUCAAUGUCUAUAAUCCAACACGUUCUUUUCUUCCUGCAUUUCUCAAAAGGUUCACCAAUCUCACCUCUCUCAACUUCACUUGUUUCCACGAUGACCUCAAUGAAUUCCUCCAUCAACUCUCCCGGUUUCCAUCCAACAUCACAUCACUCAAUCUCUCCCACAAACCCGUCAUUCCAGUAGAGGGGUUAAAAGCCUUCUCUCAGAAUAACAAAACCCUAACAUCUCUCAAAUGUUCCGACGUGAAGUUCAUCGACAGCUAUGACUUGCUACUCAUUGCCGAUUGUUUCCCUUUGCUGGAAGAACUCGACCUAAGUGGAGAUCAUCAAUUCAGCAUUUGCAAUAACUUACAUAAUGGGAUAGCGACUCUUUCUAUGAAACUUUUCAAACUCCGCAAGAUUAACCUCUCUCGUCAUUCAUACAUGAACGACAUAUUGCUUUAUCGCUUGUUCAAGAAUUGUAAGCUUCUCCAAGAGGCCAUCAUAUUUGACUGUUACUCCGUAUCCAUUGCAGGUAUUACUUUAGCUCUGGGUGAAAGACCAACACUCAGGUCUUUAUCAUUUACUCAUGAUUCAGAAAAUUUUACAAAUUUGUUUGCACUGGUUACAAAUCAUCCAUCAUUGAGUUACAUCACAAUGGAAUACAAACGUCGUUGGAGAAUGAGUAUGCAAAAUUCUAAUACUUUGAUGGAUUAUGUUGUAAGUCCUCAAUUGAAGUCUCUAUGUUUGGUUCGUAAUACAUGGUUAAGUGAUGAAAACGUCGUAACAUUAGCUUCCAUUUUCCCUAAUUUGCAACUGCUCGAUUUAAGUUAUUGCGAUAAGAUAUCUGACGGCAUUUGUCAUGUUUUAAACAUGUGUUGCAAAAUUAGGCAUUUGAACUUAGCACAUUGUUCAAGAGUGAAGCUACUUGGAAUGAACUUUGAAGCUCCUAAAUUGGAGUUUUUAAACUUGUCACAUACAAGAGUUAAUGAUGAAACACUUGGUGUGAUCUCAAAGAAUUGUCGCGGGCUUUUGCAACUUUUACUUGAAAAAUGUGUUUAUGUUACAUAUAUAGGAGUGAACCAUGUGGUAGAAAACUGCACACAAUUGAGAGAGAUCAAUUUGAAGAAAUGCUGUAGAGUGAAUUCUAAGGUUGUUCCUUCAAUGAUAUCUUCAAGGCCAUCAUUGAAAAAGAUACAUGUUCCACCGAGUUAUGGUUUCAACAACAAAGAAGAGAGAGAUUUUUGGUGGAGUCAUAGAAGUCUUCUGUGCUAG